CCGGAACUGGCCUCGGCUCCCUCGGGAAGGACGGAGCGCCUCGCCAGGUGUGGGAGCCUGGGCAGUGAGUGCGGGCCACCGGCGUCAGGUUACGGACAGAGGGACACCCUCAUUGUCCCCAGGGGCCCAGAGCAGGUGCCCCUCCCCAGGAGGUUGCUCGGUUUAGAAGGCAAAGGCGCCCGCCCCAGCUUGACCAUGGCGCCCCCAAGGGACGUGGUGAAGAUCGCCGUUCAGAAGCGUGAUGCCAUCCCUCAGCUCAUCCAGCUGGACCAGGCAAAGCCCCUGGCCGCUGUGCUGAAGGAGGUGUGCGACGCGUGGAGCCUGGCUCACUCUGAACGCUACGCCCUGCAGUUUGCCGAUGGCAGCAGGAGAUACAUCACUGAGAAUAACCGCUCAGAGAUCAAGAAUGGCAGCAUCCUGUGCCUCAGCACUGCCCCAGACCUUGAGGCUGAGCAGCUCUUGGGUAGGCUGCAGAGCGGGAGUCAUGAAGGGCGCCGGGAAGCCCUGCAGCACCUCGCCCUACUGGCCUCCGACAUGACCUUUGCCCAGGAGGUCAUCAGCCGUGAUGGGCUAAAGAGGCUAGGCACCAUCAUUGAGGAAGGGGACGACCUAGGGGAGGUGCUGGCCCUCGCACUGCAGGCCUUCUUGGAGCUCAUGGAGCACGGCGUGGUGUCCUGGGAGACGCUCACUAUCCCCUUUGUUAGGAAGGUGGUGUGCUAUGUGAACAUGAACCUGAUGGAUGCAUCUGUGCAGCCGCUGGCCCUCAGGUUGCUGGAGAGUGUGACCUUGAGCAGCCCUGUCCUGGGCCAGCUGGUCAAAAAUGAGGUUACACUGGACAGGCUGCUGGUGCACCUACAGGUGAUGAACCAGCAGCUGCAAACCAAGGCCAUGGCACUGCUGACGGCCUUGCUGCAGGGGGCCAGCCCCACUGACCGUAAGCAAAUGCUUGACAAACUGUGGCAGAGAAACCUUCGCCCGUUCAUCUACAAGAACAUCAUCCACAGCGCAGUGCCAAUGGGCGACGAGAUGGCUCACCACUUGUACGUGCUGCAGUCCCUUACACUGGGGCUGCUGGAGCCGCGCAUGCGGACACCACUGGACCCCUACAGCCAGGAUCAGCGGGACCAGCUGCAGGCCCUGCGCCAGGCUGCCUUUGAACUGGAAGGGGAGUCCCCCAGUGCUGGGCUGAGUGCCGACCGUCGCCGUUCCCUCUGUGCCCGCGAGUUCCGCAAACUGGGCUUCUCCAAUAGCAACCCCGCGCAAGACCUAGAGCGCGUGCCCCCCGGCCUGCUGGCCCUGGACAACAUGCUCUACUUCUCCAGACACGCACCCAAUGCCUACAGCCGGUUUGUGUUGGAGAACAGCAGCCGCGAGGACAAGCACGAGUGCCCCUUUGCCCGGAGCAGUAUCCAGCUGACCGUGCUGCUGUGUGAGCUGCUCCACGUUGGGGAGCCCUGCUCCGAAACGGCCCAGGACUUUUCACCCAUGUUCUUCGGCCAAGACCAGAGCUUCCAUGAGCUCUUCUGUGUGAGCAUCCAGCUGCUGAAUAAGACCUGGAAGGAGAUGCGGGCCACACAGGAGGACUUUGACAAGGUCAUGCAAGUGGUCCGGGAGCAGCUGGCCCGCACGCUGGCCCUGAAGCCCAGCUCCCUGGAGCUCUUCCGAACCAAGGUGAACGCGCUCAACUACGGGGAGGUGCUGCGACUGAGGCAGACGGAGCGCCUGCAUCAGGAGGGCACGCUGGCCCCUCCCAUACUGGAGCUUCGGGAGAAGCUGAAGCCGGAGCUCCUGGGCCUGAUCCGCCAGCAGCGUCUGCUCCGCCUCUGCGAGGGGACACUCUUCCGCAAGAUCAGCAGCCGGAGGCGCCAGGACAAGCUGUGGUUCUGCUGCCUGUCCCCCAACCACAAGGUGCUGCAGUACGGGGACGUGGAGGACGGUGCCAGUCCGCCUGCCCCGGAGAGCCUCUCAGAGCAGCUCCCUGUGGCUGACAUCAGGGCACUACUGACCGGCAGGGACUGCCCGCACAUCCGGGACAAGGGCUCCAUGAAGCAGAACAAGGACCUCUACGAGUUAGCUUUCUCAGUCUGCUACGACCAUGGGGAGGAGGAGGCGUACCUCAACUUCAUUGCCCCCUCCAAACGGGAGUUCCACCUGUGGACAGAUGGGCUGAGCACCCUGCUGGGCAGUCCCAUGGGCAGUGAGCAGACACGGCUAGACCUGGAGCAGCUGCUGACCAUGGAGACCAAGCUGCGCUUGCUGGAGCUGGAGAACGUGCCCAUCCCUGAGCAGCCACCCCCUAUCCCCCCGCCCCCCACCAACUUCAACUUCUGCUAUGACUGCAGCAUCGCUGAACCUUGACAGGUUGGCUAAGGGCCACAGCUGCUGCCACUGUGGUGGCUGUGAAGGGUGAAGGGUGGAGAAGUGCAGAUACCCUGAUCAGCAGAGGCUGCGGCAGAAAUAAAUCUGCUUGGCUCUUGGGUACGUGUCCAGCCAGCUGUGCACACAGUAGGCCACGCCGCCUUCACACUUAGCUGGCAAAUGAGAUGUGGGGCGUCAGGCCAGGGCCACAGCUCAGGGCCACAAACCUGAGCAGCUACAGCUGAGGGGCUGGUGUUCUGGAGGGGGGCCCCGUUGUCCUUCCUCAGGGUGAGUCCUCAGCUCCCCUCAGUGCUGGGUCUGCAGAGAGGGGUGGCCUGUGUUUGGGGGGCACCAACCAAGGGAGGGAGGGCUGGUGCUACCAGCCAGGUGAGGGAGAAGCCGCAGGGCAGGAGGCAUUGCCCCGAGUGGAUGCCCUCCUGGGCAGUGUUGACAGGGGUCUAGUUGGGGGGCUGUGUUUCCAGAGGCUCCUGACAGCCUGAGCUCAGUCUCGAACGCUGCUUGGCCCACCCUGUGUCCUUUGCGAGACUUGGAGGCCCUCCGGUGAGAGGCCGGGUGGGAGAGGUAUGGAGCUGGGCCUGCUUUGUGCUGAAGGGCAGACUUAAAAUUCCAGAAGACAUCCUUAGGUGGUGGGAGGGUAUUCUGAGAAGAGGGAAUUUGGUGAAGGAAACCUGAAUUCUAAUUAAAACCCACUGCAGGAGGGUGGGAUGGGGGCCACAGGCAGGCCAGGGCCCCUGGGGUCAGAACUGGCUAGGGGUAUCGGGCCGGGCUGGAGGUCACACUCACAGGUCAUGGACCCUAAGCCUCUGGGGCAAAGAGGAGCAGACCCACCCACAGGACCCACAGGACAGGCUGAGCGCUGCCACCACUCUCUGACCCCCUUUUCCAUGUCUCUCGCUACCUCCUUCCCAUCGCCUCCUCAAAUAUCUUUU